AUGCCAUUCCCUUACACUCAAAGUCUUUCUCUUCUUCUUUUCCUUUUGGCUGUCAGUGGUUUGAACCAAAUCCAAGAUAUCACUGAGAAAAGCGAACCAGACGAUUACAACCUUCAGACGUGAGUUCAUCCGAACCCCUCCAGAAACUAAGAGCCUUUCAGUUUUCCAACUCCUCCCCCGAUCGGAACUACGACUAUCGGCGAUGCGCUCUUCACUCGAAUGAAUGAAAUACUGAAAAGAGAUGAGAAAUCUCAGAACUUCCAGAUUUUCAAUGAAAAAGUUUGAAAUCUAAGUGAGACUAACUUAUAAUCCGUGCUCUCAGGACCUGGUCACCAACUCCAAUGCAAAUGCAAACCCUUAUUCGUCCACCAAAAAACCGAAGAACCGAUCGGAUGCAGCCCACAAAGCUCGGGAUCCGGACAUUCAUAAUCAGGUGAUCGCAGGAAUUCCCGAUCUGAGUAAGUUCUAUUCCAGUACCUUUCCUUUCAAAAGAAUGAACUUUAGGCGAUCCGUGCUUCCGACGAUACGAAAAUUCGAUAAUUGUGAACGCUCAGCCGUAUGAAAGACGAUCUUCGACCGGCUUAAUUCACUGCAAAUCGCACUGUCUCAACAGCCAAACGGGCGUUUACAGCUGCCGAUCUUUCGUGUACGACAAUGUGAAUAUGGUGAGAAGAAGAGAAAGAGAAACAGUCGAGAAGAGCUUCUUCAGGUGUGCGAUCUCUUUGCCCACGUCGGCGAUCAGUCCCCCGCCCGUCUGCUCAAGUUCCAAACUCGCGACUAUUUCGAGCCCACCGACUUCGUUCACUGUCUCUCACUCAUCAAUGGAUUCUCCUCCUCUUCCUCUUCCUCCUCUUCCGUUUUUCCUCCGAUCUCUCCAGAAGAGGACGCUCCUCCAAGCCCCCCGCCUUCUGUUCCGAUUGUGGCCCACGCAACUAACACGGACAAAAGAGAAGAAGGCACGGAAGUGGCUGAAAUCACAGCGUCGACGUCUUCAUUCGAAGGAGUGGAUGUGACGGAUAACUGUCCACGUGGCAAACAGACGACUUUUCUGCGGACGGAAGGCUUCGAACUGUUCAAGAACGACGAUCGACAGAUGGUUGUGGAGGACGUGAAGGAGUGUGCGAAGGCUUGCACGGAGAACAGAGUAAGUGGCAAGAGAGAGAGAGAGAGGGAAUAUGGACUGGAAUGCAUCAAGGGUUCAGAUAAACGGAGUGCGUCUCGACUGCAAGAGCUUCGACUUCCUCUCCACCACUUCCACGUGUUCGUUCACUGCCGAGGCGGCCGUUCCUGUCGGAAACGGGCAACUGAAGCAGCGGGACGACGCCUCGUACCACGAGAGAAUAUGCGUGUCCAGCAGUUUCGUCGAGUUUGUCCCCGAAUUCAUUCGAUUCUAAUUCUAAUCUUCCAGCUCCUGUCCGACCACUUUCUUUUCCCGUCAUCCUCAAAUGAUUCUCGUCGGGUUCGCCGAAUCGGUCUCCGAUUCUCCGUCUUUCGAGCACUGCUUCGACACGUGCAUCAACAGUUACCAGCUUUUCGGUUUCAACUGCACUUCCGGAAUGUAUUAUUUCGAAGAGAGUCAACUGAAUUGCAUCCUGAAUUCGGAGAAUAGAAACACACAGAAAGAGUUGUUCGCGGAGGAAAACACUGAUAUUGUGGACUACUUCGAAGUGGAAUGCACUGCCGGAAAAUCCAAACAUCGGAAGAUGUCCGGAGUCCGUAAUUUCGGUACGAUUGAAUUCAGGUGGAAGACGUGAAAACCAAAGUGCUUUGAUUCCAGAAACAGAUGCAAUUGGAGCUGACAAGAUGAUGAUGACUGAAGGAGAGAAAAGGAAAGAAGAAGAAGAAGAAGAAGAAGAGAAAGAGGAGAACGGAUCAAGAUGGGAGAGUUGGUCGGAAUGUCAGGACGGAAAGCAGACGAGACGGAGGAGUUGUACCAAUUUCAAUGUUAGUUUGGGAGAGAACUCUUUCGUAUAUUAUAACUUGAUGACAGUUUCAGAAGAUCGAAGACUGUGCAGAGGAAGUACGAGAUUGUGAAACAAACGAAGCGAAAGCAAUGAGAAUGUCAAUCGUCAGAGCCGGGGAUUUGGAAGGAGACAGUCAUGGAGACACUUCGGAGGAUACGAAUGAAGCAUCUGAAGGUAAGAGACAUUCGGUCGGCCUUCAAAUGAACACGAUUCCAGCGGAUACGGUACCAACGAAAGAGGAGAUCGCAGAAGUGAAGCAGAAUAUUCGCCGGUCGGGAUUCAAGUGCCCUCUGAACGAAUGCUGCCGGGUGUUCAUCUCCUGCUCCUACGGACUUCGUCACAAUUCGCACACGAAACAGCUGGAAUGGUGCCGACGACCGUGCGGAUCCUCGGCCACCAAAAGAUCCCGACUGCUCCGAUAA